AUGGCCUCAAGCCUAAUAAGUUGCCUCAACCCAACACUCCAGGAAGAUCAUUACGACUACUCCCUCUGGCACAACGGCUCCACCCUCACUCUCACCCACAUCUGCGACCACCCUGACUACCAAGCCGAUAGCAAGCCCAAGAAGGACGAUAACAAGGAACUCACAAGCCGCUUCGCCGAGGCCCAAGCUACAGCUAAGGUCGCAGCGGACAGCACACUUCUACGUUUCAUGCUCAUCCUACUCGUGCGGUAUUAA